AUUAAUCAAAUGAGGAAAAAAGGAUCGAACUUGGUGCUCUAAAGAAGUUGUGGCUGUUCCGGCUUUAUUGUAACUCUGCCAAGGUUGAUGCGCAGCAGACAGUGUCACAAAAAAUACUUUUGUUUUUUGUGUAAGAAAGUGGCAUGUCUUUUUAAUUGAAAAGCACUGAUCCGUGUCUUGACGCAUUGCCCAGGACUGUUUUUUGUGCUUAAAAUGGACUUGAAAGAUCUGCCGUGGAGAAUGCAAGGGAGCUAACAUUUGGAAACAACACAGAGACAAAAAGAGAGCAACUGAGACUACUGGAAAGCUAAUCCCAGCAUGGCCUCAGUUCUGGACAGCGGCUGCUCCAUGGAGCUGAACAGCUGGAACAGCAGUGUGAGCAGCUCUGGAGCCUCCAUCCCCUGCAACCAGAGCAUCCUGCAGCUCGCCCCUUACUCCCCUGAAGCCACAGCAGCCUUCGCCACUGCCAUAACCUUGAUGGUUGUCUUCACCAUCGUGGGGAACAUCAUGGUCAUCAUCGCUGUCCUGACCAGCCGGUCCCUCCGAGGUCCACAGAAUCUGUUCUUAGUAUCACUGGCUGCUGCAGACAUUUUAGUGGCCACACUCAUCAUCCCCUUCUCUCUGGCCAAUGAGCUGCUUGGCUACUGGUACUUCAAGGCUACUUGGUGUGAGAUCUACUUGGCACUGGAUGUGCUGUUCUGCACCUCCUCCAUUGUGCACCUAUGCGCCAUCUCUCUUGACCGCUACCUGUCAAUUUCCAGGGUUACUUACGGGCGUCAGCGGACUCCCAAACGCAUCAAAGCCGCUAUUGUGGUGGUGUGGCUCAUCUCUGCGGUCAUCUCCUUCCCUCCCCUGCUCUCACUGAACAAAAGCGAGGCAGGGGACCUGGGGACUGAGAGAGGACCUCAAUGCCAGCUAAAUGAUGAGCGCUGGUACAUCCUUUACUCCACCAUCGGCUCCUUCUUUGCUCCGUGUCUCAUCAUGAUCCUAGUCUACAUAAGAAUUUACCAAAUUGCCAAACAGAGAACACGUUGCCCACCAGGAGAGCCCAGGAAAGAUGGGGUCGGCUGUGCAACACCGAGUCAGCCUUCUAGACAUGCACAAGCCAACGGGAAGGAUGAUGAAGAAAGCACACCACCUUCAUCGAACAAAACCUCCAGUGCCAGACCCCCCACCCUUGCCAUCACCCCUUCUCCUUCCCUAGGAGAGUCUCAAACCUCCCAGAAUCCCACCUCCAAUAAUCUCCUGCAACCUCCAUGCCCUUCUCCAGCUAUUACCCCUGUCACUACCUCCCUUGAUAACUCUCCCCACGGCCCCUCAACCACCUCCUCUGUGCCUCAGUCUUCCCCUGCCAAGACUAAAAAGAAGGGGAAGAAAGGCAAGUUUCAGGGAGGGAAAAAAGCUGACAAUAACAAUGGCGACAGCUCAAGCACAGAGAGCGACAUGGAGCACAGCCAUGGAGGAGGCCGAGGCAGCACCAGCAUGCCAGGGUCACCUGCAGGAGGGGGGAUCCACUCCCCGGCCUCAGUCAAGCGCUAUCGGGACAUGAUCGCCACUUCAAAGGGCGCUCGGCUGGUGCCAGGGAGAAAGUCUAAAACAGAGAGCAACCCUGGAGCAGCAAGGCGCAAAGCAAUGGUAAACCGAGAGAAACGUUUCACCUUUGUUCUGGCAGUGGUCAUCGGCGUCUUUGUGGUGUGCUGGUUCCCGUUCUUCUUCUCCUACUCUCUACAGGCAGUGUGCCCGGAGACAUGUGCCAUCCCAGAUCCACUCUUUACAUUUUUCUUCUGGAUCGGUUACUGUAACUCCUCACUCAACCCAGUCAUAUACACCAUCUUCAACAAAGACUUCAGAAAGGCCUUCAAAAAGAUUCUGUGCAGAAGCACCAAGGGCACUUUCUUUUAAUCCAGUGCAUGGGACAUGGACACAAAAAAAUGCCAUUUCUGAGGGCACAGAGAAAAAAUAAUUUUUUAGAACACUCAAAGGGCUGUUUUAAAAAAAUAUGUUGAACUGUGGAAAUUCCAGCAUAAAAUUCAGAACUGAAAGCCACUGUUUUACAGCCACAGUGUGUGCAAACAGGAAUCAUGGACUGUGAAAUCCUACUUUGCAGCUGAUACACACAUAAAGUAUUAUAGGGUGUGGGGUGAAAACAGGACAUGGAAUAAAGAGGCAAUGCAAGAGACACGAAAAGUACCAGAGAGGUCUUGAAGAACACAGGAAAACAAUUAACUCCUGAAUAAGAACACAGACCGAUUAAUCUGUUAAUAUAUCUUGUAGUUAUUAAGAACUCAAAGACUAACAGGGAAGGAAAACAGGUAAAAAUAAGAAAAAGUGACCUUAGAUUCCUGACAGCCUAGGGCCCUUUAUUUAUCAAUACAGAGCACAUGGAGCACACAAGGUUAGUGGUGAUUUCUUACGUCUGCAGUCUUAUUUGCCCAGCUGCAGGGCAAACAUGUGUUCCUCAAUUUUUAUCUAAAAGUGCAACAACAAGAGAAGGUUUCUGACAAUUGCAAUGUGAUAACACAGACAAUGGAGCCCUUUCAAACUUAACUUGUGGACUUUUAUGUGGAAGGCCUUCAUGUCAGACACCUUGCUCUUGGCUUAGUAUGGAUCACAAUGGACACUCAGGUUGUUUGUAAUGUCAAGCUUGGCUUUCACCUGUCAUGAAAUACAGACUAAGCUGAAGUGUGGUGGAUUUUGGACAAAAGAAAACCCCAUUGAAAUGUAAAAGUAAGACAGUGCCCCCCCCCGCCGCCCAUCCUCUUAGCUUGCUGUUUCCUGCUUUUUUAACUUAACCUGGACUAUCACAUCAGUGAACUGGACUGAGUAACCCCUCUAAUGAACUGCCUCAAUAUUUGGACAUUUAAGUAACAAUACAUUUUUUUGGAAAGAGGUUGUUCAUAGUAUUUAAUGGGAGGUGCAUCUGAUGAAGACUGAAAAGGUUAGGUUAUUACUAUUUAACAUGCGAACAUUAUUUUCCAGAAACCCUGCUUCACAAUGAGCAGCAGUAUUUAGCAGGUAGACAUUUACAUUGACUGUAAAGGACAGAUGAACAAUACAAUUACGGAUGUGUAAUGUGACCCCUAAUUACGCCUACAUGGGUUAUUCUGAGAACCAUUUGGCUGAGUCACUCUUUACCAACGCCUCUGGCACAUCAUGGCCUGAAGUGGACCUCUUCGUGUCACAUUUGGAUUGUUGCUGAGAGGCGAGAGGAUGAAUGGUACAUUUAUUAUUCUCACCAAGGGACUGCGCCUCUGUCAGUUUCCUCCACACACACAAAAAAAGAAAAAGUGUCUGUAACUGUGAACAGCACACAGGCUUAUUGACUCAAUGGGACAAGGGCUGUCAGCAGCAACACUUCAAUUUACUAAUCGUCUAAUUCUGCUGACCUGUGUGAGUGUGUGUGUGUGUAUAUGCGUGUGCGCAUUGACGUUAAUGUUUUUUCUGUAGAACGUGUCAGUGCCUCCUCUGGCUGCUGCGACUUUAAUAUUGACGAGAGACCAGAGUUCCUGGUUCAGGCAUCACUUGGCUAUCUAUCGGGUGAAUGUUUCUACUUGAUGGAAAGUAGUAUAUCACUGUGUCGAGAAAGACUUAUUGAACUGAAAGUAAGUGUUCAUCAGUGAUAUUGAGUACAUGGCUUUUUAGUGGUCCCAUCAAGGGAAUAAAGAGCCUUAUAGGACACCAGCCUGACUCAGUAAUGCCUGGCUCUGUGUUGCUUUAAUGAAGUAUAUCUUUACAUUUGGUGAGGCAAAGGUUGAAACACUGUAUUAUUUAUUUCUAACUAUUUUGUGUUUUCUGUCUGUUACCUAUUUAUUGUUUAGUUACUGUGCUUUUAUUCUGAAAGUUAAACAAAGUGGAGCUGAUCAAAGAGUGCGAACACUAUAAAGAUUUUUAAUAUCUUCAAUAAGAGCAAAAUUGAUUUUUGCCAUCGAGCUCUUGCUUUGUGAGAUUGGGGGGGGGGGGGGGUAUUUGUGUUGAACUAAAGGUACAUGAACUUUGAGUUAUGUGCAUCAUGCAGAACAUACAAUGCAACAUUUGUCAUCCUUAUUUCAUAUUAACUGGUUAUAGUAUGGUAAAAUGCUCCAUCAAAAAUACAAGCACAUUAAUGGAUGUACAAUUUCUCAAACAUACUGCAGCAGGAAAACCUCUCUUCAGCAGAGAGGUUUCUUUUUUUAAUUUCAAACUUUUUAUGAAAAAGUAAUCGAACAUGAAAAUGUCAAUAUCACCCGAAGCCAGUUUCAGUUAGAUGAUUUGCAGACUUUGUGCCGGACACUAAGGCUACAAUCCAUACCACACAGAGCUGCUUGGAGAUUCAAAUAACUGAUAAAAUAAAAUGGUUGAAAGUAAGAGCUCCCUGUUCCCUGUCCCCAUCUGAAAUGGUUAUUUUCUCUCCAGAAAUAAAAAACAGUUAUAACCACGCAAUCAUAACAAAAAUAGCCACAGAGGUCAUGGAUUCAUGGCUGUUUCCAACAAAUAUGAGUUGUAAUGCUCCUCAAAUCCACCAACCAUGGCUUUAUGUGGUGAGACUGCUGCUUUGUUUAUUUAAAAAAAGUAUGACUUAUGGCUUAAAGGCGACAGAUGCAGUAGUCUGCCUCUUGAUCGCCAUCUUUUCCCCUGAAACCGCCUGUAUUUUCUCUUCUCCUACUGUGUUUGGACAAAACUGCGUGGUCUGAGCUUUACCAUCUUCUAUCCCCCAUCUGUCAUCAUCCCACUCCAGUUUGGAAAUAAAGCUACUUGAAAAAGCA